AUGAAGAGGAAUCUGGAAAAUAAACUAGCUGUCAUCACUGGAGGAGCGCAAGGAAUCGGAUACUCUAUUACCGAUAAAUUUCUAAGGAAAGGUGCUCGUCUUGUCAUCAUAAUUGAUAUUGAUGAUAGACAAGGUCUAGCUUCAGUAGAAAGAUUGAAAUCCAAAUAUGGAGUAGACAGAGCAGAGUUCAUCAAAUGUGAUGUAACUACUGAUAUUGACGCUGCAACAAGAAAAAUCUUCGACAAGCACAGCAGCAUUGAUGUUCUGGUGAACAACUCGGGUAUCCUUAACGAGUUCAUGAUUCAGAAGACUGUCGGCAUUGAUGUGACAGCACUUAUGGAAUGGUCAGUGAUGUUCUUCGAGAGAAUGAGGAUGGACAAGGGCGGUAGAGGUGGCAUAGUGAUCAACAUGGCUUCUAUAUACGGGUUUCGCGUAGAUCCCUUCCUGCCUAUCUACCAGGGAUUGAAAUUUGCUGUGAUCGGGUUCACGAGGAGUUUCGGCCAUCCUUACCGUUACAAGAAGUUCGGUGUGAGGGCCGUUGCAGUAUGUUCAGGCUUUACGGAAACUAAGUCGACGACGGAUGUGAAAGUGAACGAUGAUCCAAGUUUUCAGAAGGAUUUAGAUGGCAUGUUGAAAAGUGUACCCUGGCAACAAGUAGAAGCAGUGACGAACGCUGUAGUGGAUGUAUUUGAGAAGGGUGAUAGCGGAACAGCAUGGCUGAUUGAGGGCUCAAAGCCAAUAACACAGGUCUAACCAUUAAGUAUUCUAUUAUUGUAAGUAGUUUUAAUUAAAUAAAUUAAUAAUCAAUAUUUUCACAGUAAUUCGCCUAGCUCCAAAGAAAACACUGUAGGCUUAUGUUUAUGGGAUACUAAGGGUAACGGAUACAAUACAUAUACUGAUACAGAUAUAUAGACUGAAGUACAAAUGCUCGUAUUCAACCCACAAACAUCUGUCCCCACCGGGAUUCGAACCCAGGACCUCUCGAGUAGACAGACACCUUGAAACCCGGCGUGUAAACCACUCGGCCACCGAGGUCGCCAAAUAAUAAAUUUAAGUACACAAUUUGAAAUCCUUGUUUUUAACUAUGUAUAAUGAACAUUAAAAUUCAUAUUUGUAAAAUUGUUUCUAUACCUAAUGGUAGAAAUAAUGAUUGUUUGUACAAGUUGCAUCAAAUCACAAAAACUUUGUAUAAGUAUUCUCGCGAUACUUUAAUAGAUAAUGAUUUUCAAGAUCUAACUUUAUACUUUCGCAUGAUAUUGAUUCUGCACAAGUUUUUUAAAUGUUAAUUUACAAUUCGAGGAACACAUAGCUAAUUUAUUUAAUACUUUUUGAUAUUGGCUUGUCAUACUAUCGUAUGGACGCAUUAAAUACAUGAAAACACGCCUCAAACCAAUACUUUGCGAAACAUAGAUAGAUCGAUGAAAAUAGACAUGACAAACAUUUGAUUGCAUAAACCGUAUUAUUAUAUAACUCACAAUUAAGCAUCACUUACAUAGUAUUAAAUACUAAGUAUCGUUUCCACACAGGAUAUAUUAUGACUAGCUACGAUCUAGGAAAAGUGAUCCAGCUUUCACAUUGACGCUCGUAAAUAUGAAUUACUGAACUUAAGUAAUAAAUAUUGAUCAACCAACGUGGUUGCAGAAAACAUCUAUAUUAUUGAAGCAUACAUUUUCAAUAAUUACAAGAU